UGAAUACAACACUUUUCCUUUCGCAAUACGCGUUUUCCCCUCAAGUAAAUAAUGUAAUUAUAUUCACACAUACACGCGUCGCUGUAUUCGUUACACAUAAUGGCGAAAUGGGAGCUUUUGAUUUUCAUCGCUUUCGCUGCACUAGUAAGCUGCACCGAAGUUGAUGAUAACGAGCAGAAGAAACGGAACGCUGGGAAGGGGACCAGUAUAAAUGCUAUUCCUACGGGAGCACAAAAGCAAGAUUAUACUUAUAGUAUCUAUACACAAAAUCCUAGUUCACAAAGCAGUUCGACUGGUGGGUCGUCGUAUCAAUCACAACCACCGAAUUCCUUCUACCCGAGUCAAGGAAGCAGUCAGUACUACACUUCACCAAACACACAGACUGAUACAUCGUCAUCCUCUUACAGUAAUCAACAGCAACCCCAGAUAAACCUGUUGCCCCCGCAGACCACUUCCCAGUUUGUACCACUGAACUUCGUGCCAAAUCCCGGUUACCAGUCCAAAUACCACAUAGUUCCUUCUAAGUCAACUGGUAAUAUUCAGUUAGCUUUUGUACAGCAACCGGCCAGUUAUCCAACUCAGCCUAUUGUUCCUUAUGCUCCUCAAUUGUUUUCUCCUAAUCCUACAAGUCAGAUAAGUCCUCAUCAGAAUCCAUUGAUAAAUUCGCUGCCUCAUGGACACUUUAAUGUGCCUAACUACCAGCCUUUGUCUCUUGGUGGAUCUUAUUUAGCCCAGCCGUCAACUAUGCUGCUGUUUGCUCAGCCAAAUCCAUCGCCAUAUAAUAACCUGCUUUACCAAAACCCUGUGCAAAGCUUCUAUAAUUACUAUCCCACCAAUUCUCAAAGCAAAUAUAAUGUCCAAUAUGUACCGCAAGGAUCGUCGUCUGAGUAUGAAAAGUUGCAGGGUCCCAUAUCCCAGAGUGUUCCAAAGGAGGAUAAUGAUAUUACCCACAAUAGUGAAUACAGUUCGCCGUCUGAUUCUAGCUCCAGCUACAAGAGUGCCUAUUCGGCUAGUCGUAAUACGUACGGUAAACUAUAGCCAUAUAGCUUUAAGCGUUUAAGUAGCACCCAAAUAGUUAUUAAUUGGACAUAUAGUUGCCAUUACGUUAACCACAGAUAUUUAUUGCAAAUGGGAGAUUGUUUAGU